AUGAGUACAGAAGAAGUCAAAGCCAAGUACCCGUUGCAUUACUACGCUUGGCACAACAAUCCAAGCGCUUUAGAUGAACUUUUGCAGCAAAAAAAGUAUGAUAUCGAGGCUCUGGACCCACGUGGACGUACCCCUCUGAUGUUGGCCGUCAUAUUAGACAAUAUGGAAGCAGCACGGGUGCUGCUUCGUCAUAAUGCAAACGCGUGCUUUGUUUCUAAGAAUUUCUGGUCAGUUGCACAGGAAGCAGUUGCGACAGGAGAUCCACAACUUCUAAAGAUGGUUUUGGUUCAUCGAGAUGCACAGGUUGUUCGACAUCAGGGAAUAAUAAUGACGGAUUUACUAAAGAAAUUGCGCGAAACUCCUGAUUUCUACAUUGAAAUGAAAUGGGAAUUUACUAGUUGGCUGCCUCUUGUUUCGCGCAUGUGCCCUAGUGAUGUUUGUCGAGUUUGGAAAUCUGGGCCCAAUGUUCGUAUUGACACAAACUUGAUCGGCUUCAAUGGUUCUGCUUCAUGGAUCCGUGGCCAUUUGAGCUAUAUAUUCCGUGUUAAUGACAACGAGGCAGUUGUGGAUGAAGUCAAUCAUACGGACCGGACAAUCUAUCGCCAUAACAUUGCCUUAGGUAAUCGUCCACACGAAUCCGUUGGGUCUGCCGGAGCCGGAAUCGGUGCGGGUGCUGGCGCAACGGCAGCUGCAGCGGCUCAGCUGUUUGUCCGUGAGCCAUCUGAUGCAUUGAUUGCCAACAAGUUAACUCAACCCAUUUUUGUGACUUAUUUGGAUACUGACAAAAUAGAAUUUGAGAAUUCAACCAUAUCACGAACAUUACUAGUCGCCUAUGGAAUGCCAAGCGUUUGGUCUGCAUUUCAGGUCUACUGUGCUUCAAAUGUGCAAAUUGUCACGCUUCGCCGCACAGAGCAUUUGACUGAAGAGAAUUUGCGUGACCUGAACCAGCGUCGCUCAGAGGACGGAGCAAAUACCGAACAUGGUCCGGUGGACAUCGUAUUUCCGGGCGGUCACAGCAAUCUGCUCACCAACCUACUACAAACUGCAGCAUCCGAAUCCAGGGACAAACCAACUCUGGACGCUUCGCAUGAAGCUCCCAGUUACAACCCCAACGAAAUUUCGGUUCAACAAUACUUCAACAUGGAUGGAACCACAAAAACGUUUGUGGAUAUCGGUCGUCCCCGUGCGAUGACAACAAAAGUGAAAACGUUUAAGGCUCGUUUGUGGUUGUGUCGUGAUUUUCCACUCUCGUUGAAGGAUCAAGUUAUUCCUAUAAUCGAUCUCAUGUCUGAAUAUAACCCUUAUUUCCACAAGUUGAAGGAAUUUCUAACGAAACAGUUGCCCUCUGGUUUCCCUCUGAAGAUUGAGAUACCGUUGUAUCAUGUGCUGAACGCUUGCAUUUCUUUCGGAAACCUUCAUGGAUUGGAAACUGCUGUGUACGGUGUGAGCACUGUGCCACUAAGUCAAUCAGAGAUUGCAGCGAGGACAGCCUCAGCAAAGUUACACGGGGAUUCGGGAGAUUCUACUAACCAACCGCUUCUAAAUUCAAGUGAAUCCGGCCAAAGUGUUACUUCUGGACACGAAAAUCUUAAGUGUGUUAUUGACGAAAGCGUUUUCGAUGUGGGCAAAGGAUAUCAUGUCAUUGUCGAAAAUUCUCCAGGUCAUUACGGUGCGUUAGAUGAAGAAGAACAGAUGGUUCAAAUGGCCGUUCAACGCAGUCUGGUCGAAUUCGGUACUGCGGACAAUUUGGUCCAUCGUGACUACUCUCUGGUUCGUGGAGCUAUCGCUGCCAGUCUAAGUUUAGAUGGUGCAGAAAUUCCCGUAACCAGUGCGGACGAGGCCUAUAUGAAAGUGCUUGAGGAAUCACGGUUAGAACAAGAACGUGAAGAGCGGCGUAGGCGACAGGAAGAUGAAGAACUGGCAAGAGUUUUGGAGCUUUCCACCCGCGAAAAGUGA